AUGUCAACGAACAAUGAAGUCGCAAUUGCUGGCUCCAGCGCAAUCACCACUUCCUCCGACUCGACUAUCGCCAAAAGUCUGCAAGGCAUCCCUCGUUUCUUGCUCAAGCUUUAUGAAAUUCUCAAUGAUCCUGGAAACGAAUGUAUGAUCAAAUGGGCUGACGCAGGGGACUCAUUCAUAAUCUCUGACCACGAAAGGUUCGCACGGGAGGUUCUUGGGAAAUGGUUCAAACACCAGAACUUCUCCUCUUUCGUUCGUCAACUCAACUUAUACGGCUUCCGCAAGAUCUCUGCCCUCCAGCAAGGGCUUGUUCGCUCAAACGACGAGUCGGAGCACAUUCAGUUCGCACACCCGUACUUCCAUCGAGGUCAGCCCGAUCUUCUCGGUCUCAUUCAGCGCAAACGAGCCCCUGCACACGCCGCGCAUGCCGAGAGCAAGGGCACUCUAGGCCUACUGUCCGCCUCGGUACCAGAAAGCAAGAUAAGUCCAGGGGAGGUGGUGGACAUGCGAUCCAUCGUGGAGGGGAUUAGCGCAAUCAGGCGUCAACAACAAUCCAUUUCCAACGAUUUGAACGCCCUCAAGCAGUCAAACGAUGCGUUGUGGAAGGAGGCCAUUGCUGCGAGGGAGAGGCAUGCAAAGCACGAAGACACUAUCAACCGCAUCCUUAAAUUCUUGGCUGGACUUGUCGGGAGAACAGUCCAGCACGGACCUGAGCACCCUUCUUCCACAAAAAACACAAACGUGCCUCCCAAGCGACUCCUCAUUGGCGACGGACGACAAACGCACGGCGAGGAAUCGGACUACUUCGGCAGUGAUGCGGAGGCUCACAGUGAGAGCGGCAGCCGGCCGGGCACUCCCUUCUCCACUUCAUCCGACCGUUUCGUUGUGGUUGAUACUCCUGACCCUUCGGCCGCUGCUACCGUGCAGGUUACCGACUCAAUACCCAAAUCCCCUUCUAUACUACCCUCCAUCGUAAGACCCAAACUCAUUGCAGAACCUCCUAUCAUGCCAUUUGUACCUCCACCGGCGCCGGAAAACAGUGCGCUUCCUCCAGCAGCUUCCGAUCCGUGCCUAUCUGUCGAGCAAUGGCAACAAUUCCUGCAAGCCUACGCUCAACUUCAACAACAGCCUCAACCAUCCUUCGCCUGGACCGAUCCGUCUCUCCAGCUUCAAUACCCACCGUUACGAACGUCUGUCCCGACCCCUCGAGCGGUUAUAUCAGCCCCGUCAAACGGCGUCGAGUUAAACCAAGCCGCACUCCUCGAAAACGCGGAAUGUAUGAACAAGAUGUACAACGACACCGCCCAGAUCAACGCCGAUGUCGACUCCCUCCAAACCAGCAUCCAGUCGUUCAUGGACGGGCUUGGUCUCGACCCACAGGCCGCUCCUGACCCCAACACCGGCGCCGAGCCCGACAUGUACUCGUAUGAUCCUACGCAGCAGCAAGUUGAAUGGGACGACUCGCUGGAGAAGCUGUUUGGCAGCGCACUCGGGUCCGGGCAAGAUGACGAUUUCUCUUCGUUCCUGAACAUCCCCACGUUCGAGCCGGCGGCGGCGGCCCUGAGCGAGGCACUCCCGACCCUGCCGAACACAGCGUCGCCUUCAGGUAUCAAGCGAAAGCUUGAAAGCCCAGAUGAGUUGUCUCGGACAUCUCCUAACUCGAAGAAGAAGCGGUGA